GAGUAUGACUUUAAAAGUACAAUAAAACUAAUUAAUUACAUAAUAAAGUAUGCAAACUAUUACCAGUUAAUUAAAUUAUAGGCACAUUGUUUUAACCUAGAUCUUUAGAUUAAGAUUUAUUUUUUUUGUGUGGCAUUAGACAAAUCCUAAUUACUCUUGUUGUAAACAAUAUGGAUGCCUCCAGAACAUUAUGAAUGAAUAACAAAAAACGGAGUUUAUUGGCAGAGGUGAUAUUCAACAAAGACAUUUUCAAGAAAUAUUCAUAAUGUGAUAUAAAACAUAAGUGAGCAAAAAAACAAAGUAUUAAUUUAUCUACCAAUGAGUGUAAACAAGUCUGUUCAUGAUGUUCAAAAUGAUAGCAUUGACAAAAAAAGCCAUGCUGGAAAAAAUGUAGAUGGGAGACAUUCAGGUCACCAACGCAAUCAUUCUCAUUCCCUGUCAUCGACAUCAUCAUGCCCUCCUACAUAUCAACGAAUCAACUCCUCUGACAGUCAUAGACAUCACAGCCAUGACAGUGCCAGCAGCAAUGAUGUUUUUCAUCCAGAGAACUCUAGAGAUUCUGACACAUUUGGUACUCGACUGUACAAAUCUGAAGAUGGCAUCACCAACAGGUUGAUCAUUAUCUCCAGCAAAGUCAGAAAUGUUUCAUCAAUCAAACAUGCUGUGCAGCCCGGAGUAUCCUUGCUGCAAUAUAACUGUGAUUCCCUUUGCCUUGAAGAUAUUGAAGCUCAGAUAUCACAAAUUGCCAAUGGCAGAAGGCUUCAGAGUCUUGCUUUCAUUCUGAGUUGCUCUGGCUCUUCUCUUCAAUUGCUAACAAGAGAGGAAGUGUUGAUCCAUAAAGAUGGAAACAUAAACAAAGCUUUACAAGAAUUUUUUACUCUUUUAUCGAAAAACUAUCUCCAAGUUUCAGACCCAGGAAGCAGAAUAGAUUUCUUUAGCUGGUACAGCUUACAAAGCAUUGAGAAUGCACCACAGUUAAUCACAGAACUACAAAAUCUAACAGGAGUCAAGGUGGGUAUAUGGCGAGAUUUAUCUGGAAUAAGUGUAGAUCCAAGAAAAGGAGAAAAGUACAGUCAUAAAGAUAGCAUUGGAGAAUUAUAUUUUCAGUUGGAGAAGGUACGAAAUUGGAGUGGCAGACAUCAACAAACACUAGCUGGAUUUGAAAAAAUUAGAACUGUGGGUAAAGGCUCAUACGGCGCUGCUGUAUUAUACAAGAAAAAAGAUGAUGAAUCAUUAGUGAUUUUAAAAGAGAUUAACAUGCAUGACUUGACAGCAUCAGAAAGACAAAUGGCUUUGAAUGAGGUGAAUGUUCUUGCUAUGUUGGACCAUCCUAACAUCAUUAGUUAUUAUGACAGUUUUGAGGAAGAUGGUGUUCUGAUGAUUGAGAUGGAAUACGCAGACAAUGGUACACUAGCUCAGUAUCUGGCCAGACAAGAACGUCCCCUGGAGGAGCAACUUAUACUGGCUAUGUUUCAGCAAAUGGUGGCUGCCUUGCAGUACAUUCACUCUCAUAAUAUUCUGCACAGGGAUCUCAAAACAGAUAAUAUUUUUCUAACUAAAGAAGGGAUCAUAAAAAUUGGGGACUUUGGCAUUUCCAAAAUGAUGGGGUCUGCAAACAUUGGGGCAUUGACAGUUUUAGGAACUCCAUACUACAUAAGCCCUGAGAUGUGUGAGGGAAAGCAAUACAAUUACAAGUCAGAUAUUUGGGCUUUGGGCUGUAUACUCUAUGAGAUGGCUUGCCUACAAAAGACAUUUGACGGAACCAAUUUACCUGCAGUUGUGAACAAAAUAAUGAAAGGGCAGUUUGCUCCCCUUAAAGGAAAUUACAGUGAAGAGUUUAAAGAACUAGUUUUGGCCAUGCUUAAGAAAAAUCCAGAUGAGCGACCAGAAGCCCAGGCCAUCAUGUACAAUAUUUUGCCAAAGCUUAUGAAUAAAGACAAUACAAAAUCAGAUCAGGAUGAAACAACUGUAAGUAAUGUAAGUAACAAGAACAAAAUUCGAUCUGUUCUCUACUACCUAGAAUCAUCAACUGCUAUUUUGUCAUGUAUUAAUGACCUUCCUCCUCGUAUGAAGAUCAAGCAUAUGGCUGUGGGGCUGAAUCAUUUCAUUGUCACCACCACAGAGAGGCAAGUUUUUUCUUGGGGGUGUGGUAGCCAUGGUCAGCUAGGACUUGGUGAUACUAAAGACAGGCACAGCCCCACCCCUGUGGAAUGCCUUAAAGGCAAGUCUAUAGUUCUGUGUUGCUGUGGAUCUGGCUUCAGUGUCUUUGGCAGUGACAAUGGCUUAGUACUGACCAGCGGAGAUGGCAGUGCUGGCUGCUUGGGUCAUGGGGAUUGGAGCAGUACAUUAAAACCUAAACUCAUUGAAUCUUUGCUGACAGUGGAUGUGAAAGCAAUAGCCUGUGGACCUAAACAUGUUGUAGUGAUUGGCCAGAAUGGGUCAGUUUUGUCUUGGGGUGAAGGUUCAUCAGGUCAGCUUGGGCUAGGCACAACAGAUAGCCAGUGCUCUCCCUCAGCAAUACAUUUGAUGGAGCAUGUUGUGUUUGAUGAUGUACAAUGUGGUGUGGAUGGCACCAUGCUUAUUUCAGAUGUAGGGGGUGUAUUUGCAUGUGGGAAUAAUGAAAACAACAAACUAGGACUUAACAACAGGCAAGGCUUUCUCAUGGCCAUGAAAAACAUAUUCACUAAAACAGAAGUGGAUGGCACUAAGGUGCCAGUACUGGUGAGGGCCCUAACUCGCCACAAAGUCUUAUCAGUAUCCAUGGGCAGAUAUCAUACUGCAGUUAUAGUAGAGCCUGGCCAUGUGAUUACGUUUGGGAAAAACUCUGAAGGUCAGCUGGGUACUUUAAAUGUCAAGGUAUCCAACACGCUAGUGGAAGUGAAAGCUUUAAAAGGCAAAGUUGUAAACAGGGUCCAAUGCGGGGAUCACUACACUGUGGCCAGCACUAAAGAUCAUGAGCUUUUCUAUUGGGGACUCAGAUACAAUUGCAGCAGUGAGGACACUACGAGUCAUUCAAGCUGUAAUGAAAGUAGUUCUUGCCUCAACAAUGCUCUCCAAAGGGAGUGUAUGAAAGUUGAACAGGUCACUUCACAAUUAAGUAGCUCUAAUGGAAGCCAAGCUGAUGGCAAGGAGGACAACAAGAGGAGACUGGUCAGUGGCAUUGCUUCAAGAGAAACGAAUGAAAACAGUCUUAAUAACUCAUUGAAUGAAAUACCACCUGCCAGUGGUAGCCUUCAGCAGCGUUCUUUGAGUGCCAGCAGCCAAGACUAUUACAAAGAUAUAGUGAAGGACAUGUCUAAAGAGGAUAGUGUGAUUAUACUAAAACCAAUGGAGCUCAUUAAAUUAAAGCAAGUCAAUGAAGAAAAAAUGUUGUUAGGAAAUAUAUUUUGUCAUCUAAAUAACUUGUUCAUUCAAAUUGAAACUACCGCACCUCCUCCACGAAGGAGAACAUUUAAAAAACGUAAUGUCCGCAGAAAGUCUGGUUACUCUUUGGGCUCUUCUGCCAAAUUUAAUCACAAAGUGGAGGGUGGGAGUGAAAAUAAUUCCUGCUCUUCAGAAACUUCAGAAAUGGAUACAUGCAAUGACAUUCCAGUAUGGUUGAAAAUGGAGUUGGCGCAAAGUGUGACAGAUGUGACCGAUGGCAAUGAAGCAGAUGAUACAAGUGCUCAAUCCGAAGAGGAGCUGAGAACAAGUGGCAUUGACUCAUCAAUGUGCAGCAUUCAGAUUAAUUUACCAUCUACCGAGGGGGGCUUUUGCUUCUGUCCUCAAUCAUCUGUGGCUCAGCACAACAAGCUGACCUAUUCAUUGUGCAGCUCUGAAAGCAGCCAUGAUGCUCGAAUCAUUGACACGUGUACAGACAGUAGUUCUAGUGAGGUGUAUACUGUACAAAAGAAAGGCAAGGACUCCAACCUUCCUCCUAAAUUAAUCACUAAUUCAAAGCUAGCUCCUUUGUCUGGACAACCUAUUCAUAAAAAACCUUCAAAAGGAAAAGUAAAAAGCCAACAUGCAGGUUUUCGACAAAAGACUGGUACAUCCCAUGGUUUCCUCUCUGAUGUAACUGUCAAACGCAGAGAAGAAUCCCUCAUUUUUGAAUUAGAAAGAGUGAAGCAAGAGAAAAAAGAGGCAGAUGCAAGAGUCAAAAUGUUAGAAUAUGAAAGAAGCAUCAAUCAGGCACUCUUGAAACAGGAAGCUGAAAAAAUAGCCUCCGAAAGGGAAAAGUCACUUGUAAAUGAGUUGGAGAAACUAAGACUGGACAUUGAAACACAAAACAGCUUACUUCAAGAACACCAAAGAGUAGUAGGGGAACUUCAGUAUCAACUUAGUCUAGUUUUAGCAGAGCAGCAGUCUAGCAGAUUUACUCCUAGAUCUGCAAGAAAUUUAGGUGAUGAUAGCUCAACAUCUUCUAAUUUGCCAACCCCUCGAUCAGUAAGGAAUCAAGGGGAUGAUAGCUCUCUCUCCUCAAACCUGCCAUCGCCAAAAACUCCCAGAAAUGCUGUUGACACUUUGACCUCUUCUCCACGACAGAAGUCACCAUCCAAGAAGAGCAGCAGUAAAAUAUGUUUACUGCAAUAAAGCUGAGAUAUAUUUAUAUGUGACUCAGGGAUUGUUUUAAUUUUCAUGAAGAGAAAUAACUUAUGGCAGAGUACUAGCAUAUUGCAUAACGUUAAAUUCAUUUUUUUUUUAGUUCUUUGUUGAGUUGUGAUAUUUGACAAGCAAACAUUCCAUUUUUUUUUAAAAUUAUGUACUUUUAAAAUUUAAUGCAAAACUUUACAAAAUAUUGUUACUCUCUGUAAAAUAUUUCUGUUCAGUUCUUGUCACUGUGAUAUAGAUCUAGAUACAGUUUGGUUUGAUAUUUAUAUAAUUAUUAUUUAUUAAGAAUUUUAUCAGUAUCUCAUAUAUUUAUUUAAAAGAUAAGACUCAAUUAGUAUUACUUAUUCUUUUAAUGUGUGGUUGUUGUUUUUUUUGUGCUUUUGUUUUUAAAUAUUAACUUCAAAACUUAUAAAGUUUUUAUUAUGAUUAAUCAGUGUCCCAGAAUGCUCAGCUAAAAAAAGAAAAGUUAUGGCUUGGUUAAGACUCUUUUGUUUUCCACACACAUUCAUGGACAAGCUGAAACAAGUUGAGAAUUAAAUGUUUUUUAUGAGUGAUAGCUUUGAAGUUUUAAUUUUACCAAAGCCAUUUUGUUUGUUUUUUUUUGCAUCUACAACAGAACAAUGCACAAAUAUAAUGUCUCCAACCCACGAUUCUCUAUUUCUUUGAUUUAUAAACUCUAGUUCUCUGUAGGGAUGCAAUUUCUUGACUUAACUCCUCCAGCAGAAGUUCUAUAUGGGGCAUCCUAUUGUUUUCCCCACAAUUUAGUGCCCUCCCCAUGCUAAACAAACACACUCACUUCUGUCCUGACUCAUCAUUUGUAUCCCUGAAGUUUGCAGUUUUGAUGCGGAGACCAUGGCAGUCUGUGAAGCCUUAAAAGUCAUUGACUCUCAACUCGGCGAGGGACAUUUGAGGGCAACACAGAUUGUUGUGGUCACUGACUCAAAAUCUGUACUACAUGCUUUGCAAAGCCCCGGACCAUGGCCCCCCAAUAUCAACACUGUCAUCAUGGCUUCACAUAACAUCAAACAACGCUAUGGCACCCCUGUAAUAAUGCAGUGGGUACCGAGUCACAUAGGUGUGACUGGCAACACAUCGCAGACUCUUUGGCCCACCAGGGAGGGCAAAUUCCACCCACUGAUCAGGCUGUAAGCUUUCAUCAAGCCCUGGCUAUAAUACAAAAAACAGAAAUGGAAAAGUGGUUUGAGUGCUGGGACAAGUCCCAAAAAGCCCGUGGAGUCUGGGAGCGCAUGAGGCGCCCUGACCGCACUUCCCCGUGGUGGAGGCUGUCCAGGCCUGAGCAAGCUAUUAUAGCACAGUGCAGGACAGGCCACUGUCCUGUUGGCUCAUAUUUCUCGCGGCUAUGGCCAAAUUUCGAUUCACGGUGCCCUCGCUGGGGGAAAAAGAGGAAACCGUGCCUCAUAUUCUGUUCGACUGCCCCAGACUUGCUGAUCUCCGUCUCGACAGGUCUGGGAAACCCAAAAUUCUCGACCUGUAUGGUGACAUUCAUGCACUACGCAAGACAGCAGGGUUUCUGUCCAGGGCUUUUGCAAGAGAGGAUUUGAGCCUCUCAAGCCCUCACUCUAAUGGAGUUGGAUGAUGAUGAUGAUGAUGAUCCCUGAAGUACCUUUCCUUGACUCCCUCAAAGCCUUUCCCUAUACACACACUCUUUUGUUUUGUACCUUCAUCUAUAGUUCAUAUGAGAAAAUAUUUUCACUUUGCAUAGGAAGAGCCCAGAAGAUCUAAGUUAUUUCUACUUCUAUCUCAAUCCUGAGGAUCAUUCCCUGGACACUAUUUUCUAAAAUAGUCAUUGUGUUUAAAAGAAAAAAAGAUGUGGGGAAAAAAAAGAGAAAUGAGUUCAUGUGCAUUUACAAACAUGAGAAGUUCUUAGUUUCUCCAAGGAUAAGGUUUGGAAAAACUGGACAAAAUUCUUAUUUUGAUAUUACAACUUAUGUUAGAGAAGGCAUUGAAUUUUAUAUCUAUAUUUAAUAUGAUAGGCUCAAUAUAUAAGUCUAUGGAUAGGCUAUUUACUGGUUGUUAGGAAUGAUCUUAACAUCUUGCCAUGUUGUUGAUAAUAAAAAUAUACCUGCGAUUUUAUUAAAAACAAACAAACAUUGAAGAAUUCUGAAAAUGAAAAUGAGGGGUUAUAGUUGAAAGCCCUCCAAAUAUAAUGAUUUACAUAUACUAUAAAGAGAUGUAUAUGUUGUUUAAAUCAAAAUGUUCAUGUUUUUUAAAUGCUAAAACUAAUCUAAAAGUUAGUCACACUGCAAUUAUUUUUCAUUAGUGUAUUCUUUAGCUAUAGUUAUAAAAGUAAUUUAUUAUAAAGGGGUAACAUUUUUUUUUUUAAUGUUAGAUUUAUGUUUAAUCUUCUAGUUGUGUUAAUUUAAAAUGUAUAUUAUUAUUUUUUUUAUUUGUAAUUGAUUUUUGCUUUGAACUUUUAUUGAUAACAUGAAUAUUAUUGACAACUUUUUAUGACUGUACAAAUAUCUUUACUUGUCACUGUGAGGAUGCUGGUCAGUUUUUCAUUUUCUUUUCUUUAGAGCAAUGAACAAAUCUAGGUGUAUAUAUAUAUAUAUAUAUAUAUAUAUAUAUAUAUAUAUAUAUAUACAUUUGUUGACUAAGUGUAAAUUAAUUUUAAUGUAGAUUGAUAACUGUUGAAAUGAUGUACAAUAAUGUGAAUAUUCGUAAAUAAAAUAAUUUAAUUUUCACGUUUUC